AAGCCUGGAAGCUUGGGACCCACCUGUCAACAUUCUGUCAAGUCAAGAAUGAAAUUGAAUAAAUAGUUUCAUUCAAGCAUUUACAUUGUAUUCGAGUGUUUUUGAAUUGUUUUCUAUGAAAUCAUUGGCAGAUACCUAGUGAAAAUUGCAAAAGACUUAAUAAUCUAAGUGUAUAGCUACAACCGAGCUCUUUAACGAAUUCAUUAUCGUAGAGAAAUGAUGAAAUUAGUUGAUCAAGUUGUUCGCAGCUUUAAGGUUGCCAAGGUAUUUCGGGAAAACACCGACAAAAUAAACAGCAUAGAUUUUUCACCCAGUGGCGACACAUUGAUUUCGUGUAGUGAAGAUGAUCAAAUUGUUAUAUACGAUUGUGACAAAGGAACUCAAAUCAUAACUGUUAACAGUAAAAAGUAUGGAGUAGACUUAAUACAUUUUACGCAUGCUAAAAAUACGGCUAUUCACAGUUCUACCAAAGUGGACGACACAAUACGGUAUUUGUCACUACAUGACAACAAAUAUAUCAGAUAUUUUCCAGGACAUACAAAAAAAGUUGUAACGCUUUGUCUUUCACCUGUAGUGGACACAUUUUUGUCUGGAUCACUGGAUAAAACACUACGUUUAUGGGACCUUCGUUCACCUAAUUGUCAAGGGCUUAUGCAUUUAUCUGGAAGACCAGUAGCUGCUUAUGAUCCUGAAGGUCUUAUAUUUGCUGCGGGUGUCAAUUCUGAAAGUAUCAAACUUUAUGAUUUGAGAUCAUUUGACAAAGGCCCAUUUGUAACAUUCAAAUUGAAUCAAGAAAAAGAAUGUGACUGGACUGGUUUGAAAUUUUCUCGAGAUGGUAAAACCAUGCUAAUAAGUACAAAUGGAUCCAUUAUUCGUUUAGUCGAUGCAUAUCAUGGAACCCCACUACAGACAUUUACUGGUCAUUUGAAUAACAAAGGAAUACCAAUAGAAGCCUCAUUUAGUCCAGAUUCACAAUAUAUAUUCAGUGGUUCUACUGAUGGAAGAGUACAUGUUUGGAAUGCUGAUACAGGUUACAAAGUUUGUGUAUUAAAUGGAGAUCACCCAGCUCCUAUACAGUGUGUUCAAUUCAAUCCUAAAUACAUGAUGUUGGCUUCUGCAUGCACUAACAUGGCAUUCUGGUUGCCCACUAUAGAUGAUGUCUAAUAUUUUUAGUGGUUAAGGAGCUAUGUAAGGAUUUUGUUAAGUGAUUCAUAUAAUAUGAGAUGUACAUAAUAAAGUGUUGUAAUCUGUAUUUUAUAGAA